AUGCAACCACCGGAGGCAGAGCAAUCUCAUUCCCAACCUCAAGAUCAACCGACGGAACACCAGCCUCAGACUCAGAUGUAUUAUCAUCCGAACGGCUACUACUAUCCGUACCAGCCGAUGAAUCAGCCUCCUCAGAAUCAGUGUUGGCCCCAACAGGGGUACAACCAAGAUUACUCAACUUACCAACAAGGCUACUACCCUCCUCAACAAUGGGUAAACAACCAGACGGCCCAAGCGGAACUGCCGAUCCCGCCCCAACCGACAAAAAAGAGGGAAAACGGUCAAGCUCCGAAGAACAAUCGCAACCGUCCGCGCAACAGAAAGGAAAAGGGACCAAGUUGGGUACCUCCUCCCAACUCCAAUCGAGUCCCUCCGGACUCAAACUCUAUGAGCGCCAGGGAAAGACGUCGGCGAGCCCAUCAACUCUCCAUUCACCAGGAGAUGAUAAGACUCAGUCGCACGACGCAGGCUCAAUAUCAAGCUCUAGAGUCUAUGAGAAAUCAGAACGCAGGGGGCGGGAGUCGUCAUCAACCCCGAGAGGACGCGCAGACUCCAAGAAAUUAA